GGCUGUAGCCGCCGCCGCGCGCUUCGGAAGGCCGGAGGGAGGGGAGGCCUGUCAGUCUCGCGCGUUGCCUGGGCGAAGGGGGCGGAGCCUUGGCGUGGGGCGGCCAAUAGUGGGGGUGGCUGCGUGGGUCGCCAUGGGGACGGGGCUGUUCCCGGGGAGGCUGUGAUGGGUUGACAGGUGCGUGACAGUGGGAGCUGCUCUCGGCACAAGCAUGUACGGCAAAGGCAAGAGUAACAGCAGCGCCGUCCCGUCCGACAGCCAGGCCCGGGAGAAGUUAGCACUCUACGUAUAUGAAUACCUGCUCCAUGUAGGAGCUCAGAAAUCGGCCCAAACAUUUUUAUCAGAGAUAAGAUGGGAAAAAAACAUCACAUUGGGGGAGCCACCAGGAUUCUUACAUUCUUGGUGGUGUGUGUUUUGGGAUCUCUACUGUGCAGCUCCAGAAAGACGGGAAACAUGUGAACAUUCAAGUGAAGCAAAAGCCUUCCACGACUAUAGUGCUGCAGCAGCGCCCAGCCCAGUGCUAGGAAACAUUCCCCCAGGAGAUGGCAUGCCAGUAGGUCCUGUGCCACCAGGGUUCUUUCAGCCUUUUAUGUCACCUCGGUACCCUGGAGGUCCACGGCCCCCACUGAGGAUACCUAACCAGGCACUUGGAGGAGUCCCAGGAAGUCAGCCAUUACUCCCCAGUGGAAUGGACCCAACUCGACAACAAGGACAUCCAAAUAUGGGUGGGCCAAUGCAGAGAAUGACUCCUCCAAGAGGAAUGGUUCCCUUAGGACCACAGUCUGACCCUUGGUUAUCAUUACAGAACUAUGGAGGUGCAAUGAGACCCCCACUGAAUGCUUUAGGUGGCCCUGGGAUGCCUGGAAUGAACAUGGGUCCAGGUGGUGGUAGACCUUGGCCAAACCCUACAAACGCCAAUUCAAUACCAUAUUCCUCAGCAUCUCCUGGGAAUUAUGUAGGUCCUCCAGGAGGUGGAGGGCCACCAGGAACACCCAUCAUGCCUAGUCCAGCAGAUUCAACCAACUCUGGAGACAACAUGUAUACUUUAAUGAAUGCAGUACCUCCUGGACCUAACAGGCCUAAUUUUCCAAUGGGCCCUGGGUCAGACGGUCCUAUGGGUGGAUUAGGAGGCAUGGAGUCACAUCACAUGAAUGGCUCUUUAGGCUCAGGAGAUAUGGACAGUAUUUCCAAGAAUUCUCCUAAUAAUAUGAGCCUGAGUAAUCAACCGGGCACUCCAAGGGAUGAUGGCGAAAUGGGGGGAAAUUUCUUAAAUCCUUUUCAGAGUGAGAGUUACUCCCCAAGCAUGACGAUGAGUGUGUGAUCCAUUACCAAGUCUUCUCAUGAAAACCACAGUGAGUCAGCCCUUCACAGAACUACUACGGAAGAAAAUUAUUCAUCACAGUGUACAGUUAAACAAAGGAAUCAGUCACACCAAACCAACCUUUUUAUUUCCUGCUCUCUCCCCUAUUUUGUGAAGAAAGCGGGUCCAAACAUGAUUCAAACAACUGUACGGAACGGCAUACUAGAAUUGCCCUAAACCGAACUGCAAAUAAUUAUCUGUGUAUGUAUAUGUGUGGGAAAGAGAAUGUAUGGUAUAUGUGUAUGUUAUACAGACAUAUACACAUACAUACAUUGACCCACAGGACAUUGUAAAAUAUUAUCACAUGACAUCUUAAGUAGAAAUAAGUAGGGACUUUUAUUCCAUCCUUUUUUUCACGUUUACAUUUUAAUUAUUAAAAGUUGCUCCGCCCCUCCCUGAACUAUUUUGUGCUGUGUAUAUCACUGCUUUAUAUAAGUUAUUUUUUAAGGUGAACUCAGAUGUUAUGGUUUUGUAAAUGUCUGCAAUCAUGGAUAGGAAUAAAAUCGCUUAUUUGAGAGCUUUCAUUAAAUUGCGUCUGAUGCAAGUUAUCCUGUGAAUCACAAAGUGUACUGUCUAAAAAAAAAAGUGUCUUCAUUUUUAUGUCAAAUCAGUUCAGGUACCUUCAGUGAAAAGUAUUUUUGUACUUUUUAUUUUGGAAAAAUACUUCAACAAAAGCUUACCUGAAGCCUAAUGCAGUAUAUUUCUGCAAUAACUGCUAUCGAUAGUUUUGUCUUAGAUAAUAUAGAAAAUCAACCCCCAUUGCUUAGACCACAGCAAUAAACAGGAGUUGUCACUUUAGCAACAUAUUUUCUCUUUAACAUGAUAAAGCCCAGAAGUGAUUAACAGAACCAUUUGCUUGAAACUUGUCACUUUUCACCAAUGCCAGGGCUUACAAUUUUAAGAACAUACUAAUGUGAAAUGGUAUCUGAUUUUUUAUUCAAACAUCCUGUGAACAUUUGAAAAGAGAAUCCAUUUAAAUGAUUGAGACUUCAUCACCAGGAGUAAAGGCUCUGCACCAUCCCUGGGGAGCUCUGGGCAGUUUUUAUCCAGUUGUCUUGCUGAAUACCUACAUGAUAGGCAUGCAGCCUGGGGACAGUCCCCAGCCCUCUGGGCUCACCUUGCCACUGGCAGCAGAGUACUUUGUCCCAGGAUCUAGAGUUUUUAUGUAGAGGAGGUAAUACGAGUAACCUAGUUUCAUGUGGCCAUUGAGUUCAAAGGCUAAAUCUACAGUGUGCCAUUGUUCAGAGUUAAUGUUUGAAAAAAGCACUUCCCUCAGAAAGGCACCUUUCUCUGUGGAACUUUCCAGAUCCUUGUGGUUUUUGUGUGUAAUAAUAUAAACAAACAUUGAAAUCAUACGAAGACUUAAUUUUAGAUUCUGAGAGAGUAGCUGGAGAUCUUUUCUGUUAAAAUUGUGGUACAAGUAACCAUUGAUGUAAACAAUUUAUACAAACUCCAGAGGCUGUGAAAGUAUUGUUUAAUCUCAGGUAAGAGAUUUGGCUUAUGAUCUCUACAGUGAAAAUUUAGAGUAUGCUUGCCAAAAUAUACUAUAUUUUCAUGGUUCCAGAUAGUCAUUUCUUUCAAGUCCAUAAUGAUUUAUUCCUUCUGAAAGUAAAGCUUUUGGCUGUGUAUAUGACAGCUGUGCCUGGCAGAAUGUUGAAGAGGAAAGCUGAAAUAAAUUUAUGUUCUAGAGUUAAGCUCUAAUCAAAUGAGUGACCAUUAAUCACACAGUGUGCAGAGGCCCAGGGCUUUUAUACACGGUGGAGAACAGCUGCAAAUUUUGAGCUGCAGGAACCUCUCCUGAAAAAUUCAAGCUAAAAUAUCAUCAGCUCAAUCCCAGGCAGCCUGAAGAUGGCACUGUACACAUGUGACUCUACCAAGAAUUAAUUUUAACUUUCACUUUUUAAUGACAAUUGUGCAUUGACAGUCGU